GGAGCUCUCCACAACGCAUCACCUGGUUGGCUGAUUGCAAUACGUGUCAGAAGAUCUACAAAACAAAACACAACAUAGAAAAAAACAAAACAAAAACAGAGUUUUUUCACUUUUUAAUUCUGUUUUCGUUAUAAAAAGGACGAACCUACCUUGUGUCCACCACAAUCAAGUUGAGACAUUGAGAGGGAUGAGUCUCUAAGGACAACCUCUCUUGUGUCGACACGUGCGUAGACCACCGCUGGUUAAAAAAACAAAAAAAAACCCCCCAAUCGCCCAUCGGAACAUGAGUGGCGGCUAUACUUCCUCUAUAUUUCUCUUCUUCUAAGGUUUUUUUUUUCAAGUCUCAAAACUUUCAAAAGACUCUCUCAGUUACAUCUUUUGUUUAUAGAAGCUAAAUAAGAAGACAUUACAAAGAAAUGGGUCUUUCGCAGUUUCCGACAGCACCAGAAGGAGUACUACCACUUCUGGUGAUGAACACGGUUGUUUCAGUCACUCUGUUAAAGAACAUGGUGAGGUCUGUUUUUCAAAUUGUGGUAUCCAAGAGUGAAGCAUCCAUCGACUUAGAUGACGACGUGGCUGAAGAGGAUUUCUUGAGGAAAAGAGUCUCGAUAACGAAGUUCAAGUCUCUGUGUGAGAACAGAGGAGGUGAAGAAGAAGAGAAAGGUGUGGAGUGUUGUGUGUGUCUUUGUGGGUUUAAAGAGGAAGAGGAAGUGAGUGAGUUGGUUUCUUGCAAGCAUUUCUUCCACAGAGCUUGUCUAGACAACUGGUUUGGUAAUAACCACACCACAUGUCCACUUUGCAGGUCUAUUCUCUAGUGGUGCGAAUCUUUAUUUACACUUUUCUUUUCUGCUUUGUUUACCUUUUAUAGGGAAAUGCCACAUUCUCUAUCCUCUGUUUUACCCUUUUUGGUGUCUAUGUUUUUCCCCUUUUUUUUCUUGGUUUGGAAAAGGGGUUUUUUCAUAAUAAACAAUGACUUUAAUUGUUGUAUGUGUGUGAUUUCCCCUUUUUCUUGGUUUUAAAAAGGGGUUUCUUCUCUUGUCUAAUAUGAAUGCAGAACGCAUAUAUCAACU